CAUUGAUUUAGUGACAACAAUGGGUCAGGCAACAGCUAUGACGUCAGGCAGCUGUCAUUGUGCACCAGUCGGUCCUGUCUGCUGUUGGUGUUGAGUUGUUUCACUCUGCAGGAACACUUUUGAAUGAAAGAUGAUGACGGAAGAGGCUUUUGAUGUGAUGGUGGUUGGCUCCUGUAUGACUGACUUGGUGAGCCAGGCACCAAGGCUACCCAAAGCCGGGGAAACCAUCCAUGGUCACAAGUUCUUCAUUGGCUUCGGAGGGAAAGGGGCCAACCAGUGCAUACAGGCUGCAAGACUGGGGGCCAAAACCGCUAUGGUCUGCAAGGUUGGUAAAGACUUCUUUGGAGACAAUUACAUUCAGAAUUUCAAAGACAAUGGAGUACACACAGACUUUGCAGGGCAGACCUCUGACGCAGCCACGGGAGCUGCCUCCAUCAUCGUCAACGAUGCAGGUGAGAAUGCCAUCGUGAUCGUGGCCGGUGCCAACAUGCUGCUGGGCGGCGAGGAGCUGCAGAACGCUCUUCCAGCCAUCCGUCGCGCAAAAAUUCUGGUGUGCCAGCUGGAGAUCAGCCCGCGGACAUCGUUGCAGGCGCUGCGCAUGGCUCAGGAGAACAAAGUAAAGACAAUAUUCAACCCAGCGCCGGCCAUUCCUGACUUGGAUACAGAUUUCUACAGCGCCUCUGAUGUGUUUUGCUGUAAUGAGUCUGAGGCUGAGCUGCUGACUGGCUCCUCAGUAGCUAAUGUGGAGGAAGCACAUCUGGCCGGUCAGGAGCUGCUGAGGCGAGGCUGUGGGUCAGUCAUCAUCACUUUGGGACCCCAAGGCUGUGUGGUGGUGAAGGCACAGGAGUCGACCUCAAAACAUGUUCAAAAUACUGCAGUCACUACAGUGGACACUACGGGUGCUGGAGACAGCUUUAUUGGAGCGCUGGCAUUUUACAUGGCUCAUUAUCCCACAAUGCCUCUGGAGGAGAUGGCCCGCAGAGCCAAUCAGGUGGCGGGAGUGAGCGUGCAGGCUGUUGGCACGCAGAUAUCUUACCCCUUCAGAAAGGACCUGCCGGCUGAACUGUUCUGAGAGCGGGCGGAUCGGCGAGUAGACACCAGUGUUAAUGGACCAAGGCUGGAUCUUAUUGACCUGGGUCACAUGAAAUGAGCUGCUUUUGAGAAAUCAAAGAAUGAGCAAUAUUAUAAAAAACUACUGAGGAUUGUUAAUGAUGUAACCAAUGUUAUUUUUAAUAUAAAGCUGAUCCAUGUCUUCAAUUUCACUGCCAAUACAACAGUUAUGUGAUGACAAGCCAAUUUACAACAGAAAAUCUUAAAAGCUUUGAACAGUUUAAAAACUGACAAACAUCUUAACACUUAGCUUGUACUGCACAUAAUUACCUUAAUGUAUUUAAUUAGCCAAAUAGAUCAUAUUUCACAAAUUAUUUUAUUACAGGUACCUGAUUUAAAUGUAUAUUUGCAUUCAAACACUCGACUGAAUCUUAAUCAAUGAUUACUGUAUAAUAGCCUCCAAUGAAUAACAUCAGUAUUUCACAUGAGUUUCUUGUUUUAAAUGGUGGUAGUCAAGACUGCCGGGGUUUUUCAUCAUGCUGAAUUUGUGCAGCGGGGAGAGUAGAGGCCUUUUGACGGAUCCCAGAAGAAAUCCUCUGACGAAACACCUUGUAUAAUCCACGACAAUAAAAAGAGUCUGUUUAAACCGA